UAGAUUGAGAAAUGUACAGUUCACAAAUACAUUUAGGAUUUUGGGUCUCAUAUCCACUCUAAAAAUAAUUUCAUCAUGCUGAAGAGAUGCCAGAAAUUAAAAACUUCUAAACAUCCAAAUUGACUGGACUUCUGCUCAAAAGGAUAAUUUCACUCUCACCACGUUUGAAGCAUUCGGUUUUCUGAUUAGUUUCUAAACAAGGUACUGUAUAAUAAUUGUUUAUCUAAAUAAAGUAAUGCAACAGCAGAUUACAUGACUUCAAUGCAAUGUGGUCACACAUAUAGCAGCACAUUAUUGCAUCUUUACUUCAAACUUGUAUGACUUGUACACAUAACAUGUUGUAUGAAAAUGUUUCAUUGUGAUGCUCCAUGUUUAUGCUAUGUUCCCCAAGGUUGUAGGUAGCCUAUUCUGCAACAGUGCUAUAACUGUCCUUCUCAGCUGAUGGUUUUGCAGCAAUACCCCCCACCAGCAGAGGGUGCUGAAGGCCCAGACACAGAGGAGCAGAAUGAUGAUCACAGGCUGGGGGUCUAUGGCUGGAGGAAGCGCUGCCUCUAUCUGCUGGUGCUUCUCCUGCUCUCCACCCUGCUCGUCAACAUUGCCCUGACAAUCUGGAUCCUCAGGGUCACCUGUCUCAACACAGAAGGAAUGGGGCAGCUGAGAAUAACAUCAGAUCGGGUGAGGCUUGAUGGAGUGUCCGAGUUCCUCUUCUCUCUCUACGCCCAAGAGAUACACUCCAAACAGGACACCUCCCUUCUUAUCCACUCUGAGUCCCAAAAUGUCACGCUCCAAGCCUGCAAUGGGAAAGGAGGUGUGUUAGGUAGCCUUAACCUGGGUCCACAAUCCAUGGAAAGCGUAGGACAACAUUUUGAGGUGAUGACAAGCACUGGGAAAUUGUUAUUUUCUGCUGGUACAGAACAGGUAGUUGUUGGAGCGGAUAAGCUAACCAUUACAGGGUCUGAUGGUGCUCAGUGUGAACAUUCCAUAGAGACAUCCCUGGUCAGGGCAGAGCAUUCCAUGGACUUGAGGCUAGAGGCCCCCACCCGGUCCCUCCACCUGGAUGCUCCAAAGGGAGUCCACAUCAAAGCAGUGUCCGGCAGCGGCCAGGCCGUGUCCAGCAUGGACAUCUCUCUACUCUCUAUGGACGGAGUGUUGAUUCUGGAUGCUGAGAGGGUGCAGCUGCCCAGGUUACCUCUGAGUGGAGAAGGAGAGAAAGGGAGUCCUGGGGAGCAGUUGUAUGAAGUGUGUGUGUGUCCUGAUGGAAGACUGUACCUGUCCAAAGCUGGUCACACCUCCACCUGCCAUGACAACAGUCACAAUUGUUAAAAGACCACACUCUAUUAUCUUGAGAUUUGUAUUUACCUGGGUUCAUCUUUAUACAUACAUCAUCAUUGUGCAGUCAGUCGUGUCUUGCCUGAAAAUUAUGCAAAGUGCAUAUUAGAAAAAUAUGAAAGUUCAGAAAACUUUUAAUAAAACAACAUUUGUAUAUUUUAAUAGUUUUUUUUUCACAGCUUCAUAUCUAAAAGAUGUACAUGCAAGGUGUUCUACUCUAGUGGCACCAACUAUGUUACCUGUUUUGUCUGGGAAUAGUUUCAUUAAUUAUAUUUGUGGAUAUUUUCAUCCCUUUCACAGUAAACAUGUUGGUUAUGAUGUUGUACAACCGGAUAACAUGUAUGAUACUAUACGUCCUAUAUGAUAUUGUACGACCGCUAUUCCAUCCAUAACGUAACCUAUUGUAGGGUAAUAUAUCAUACUAAACGGAGGAAAACAAAUGCAUUUUCCAAAUCAUACGCAUUGCUCUGAAGACAGGUUGAUAUUUUGAACAUGCAGUGUACAUAUGUGAUUGAAGAUUGUUCAGGGGGAGCUUGAUGCGCUAGUAUCUGGCAGGCGGCAACAGUAUUUGUUGAAAAAGUAGCCUACCCAAUAGCCGUGUCUGCGAACUACACUUCUGACUGGGUAUUUAGGAGUGGGGCGCGGUAUUUUCUAGGAACCUGUUAUGGAAUAAACUCUGUUGCCUUAUCUUGCCUAUGGUAGCAUCAUAUGUCAUGUCCGCCAGAUAUCUACUUAUAUUACUGUACUUAAUAGCUUCUUAUGUCAAUUAACAUUGGACGUACUGUAUCAGAAGAUGGACCGUUUAAUCGCAUUAUUAUGAGCGUGGGUGGUAUAAAAGUAUUAGCUCAUUGAUUCCCAUCCAGGUAUUGGCAGACAUUUUGAGACAAUAGUUAACAUUGAGUGGAAGCUAAAGAAGAU